AGACUCAACUCACCUACACUCCUCUCUACCCAAGAACAACCUCAACAACCAACACCAUGUGUGGCUACUACGGAAACUACUAUGGCGGCAGAGGCUAUGGCUGCUGUGGCUAUGGAGGCCUGGGCUAUGGCUAUGGAGGUCUGGGCUGUGGCUAUGGCUCCUGCUAUGGCUCUGGCUACCGUGGACUGGGCUGUGGCUAUGGCUGUGGCUAUGGCUAUGGCUCACGGUCUCUCUGUGGCUGUGGCUAUGGAUGUGGUUCUGGCUAUGGAUCUGGAUUUGGAUACUACUACUGAAGACACCAUGGGUGACUCUCAUCUUCUCCAAUUGGGACCUUAAGACUCAACCAGUUCUGAACCCUACAUGU